GUAGCUUCGACAGUCCUUCUCGUUGAUUCGCUUAUUAGGCUAGGGCUUGCUCCUUUUGUGCAAUUUCUGCUGUGGUUCCUGUCUUCCAAGGCCACUGCAGGAUGGCGGCUUCCGCUGCGAUGCUUCGGCUGCUCAGUGACCUGAAAGCAAUCAAAUCGGAGCCCCCCGAGGGCUGCUCAGCAUCGCCGCUCGAUGAGAGCAACCUGAUGGUUUGGCAAGCUACAAUCUUUGGCCCGGAUGAGAGUGAAUGGGAGGGCGGCAUCUUCACCCUCAGGUUCACGUUUACUGAGCGCUAUCCAGACAAGCCGCCCAGGGUUCGCUUCAGCAGCGAAAUGUUCCACCCAAAUGUGUACCAAGACGGCUCGCUGUGCAUGGACGUGCUUCAGGACCAGUGGUCGCCCUGCCACAACGUGUCCACACUGCUCACAAGCAUCCAGUCGCUGCUGACAGACCCCAACUGCUCCUCGCCCGCCAACCCCGAGGCGGCGCAGCUUUACCUAAACGACCGCGCCGCCUACAAGAAGCGGGUACGUCGGAUCGCCCAGAAGUCACUCGAGGGCUGCUGAGCGGCCUCGACAUAUUAAAGUGCAUGGUGCAGAGGGAUAUGCAAAGGCGCAUGCAACGGAAGGAGACGCCGCAGAGCCACCGAGCGCGGUGCAGGUGUGCGUGCAUGCUGUGUAGAUGGUCAACAAGCGGCAGUCGCGUGCUGAGUUCACGAAUGCCCAACGCAUGCGUGACGUGCGACACAGCAAGCCCGGAUGAUGGAUGUAGGGCUCAAGCCGCUGGUAGGUAGACAAUAUAUACUUACACACCAGUAAUAGGGAGGGUUGGGAAUGUGGAGUGGCUCAAGCCUCUGAAGUCUGGUGCGGGGUGUGUGUCAGGUGGUUGCUGCGUGCAGUCCCACCACUGGGUCAGUUGCCUGCAGUCAGUCGCCAUGGUCUGCUUGACAGUGGAACCGGCUGCGCCCGAUAGCUGGCAAGGAGUCAGAAGGAGCAGCGUGUGGCUCAUAUGCGUUGCGUUGGUGUUGGUUGCUGAUUUUGGAAACGCACUAUGAGUUGAGGUGGGGCCGUGUGGUAUACGAGAGUGUGGUAUGCAGUGCGGAAGCUAAUUAGUUCGUGCAGGAUGCAGUGCGGUUGUAUGCAGGUUGUAUGCGUAGGUCGUGCGCAGGUCAUGCCAUAGAUGCCAUAGUACUCGCUGUAUGUGCGCAGCACCCAGACUUCAACGCAGGGUGUUACUUGACAAGGUGCAGCAUUGGGAAGGUCGGCAGCAGGCAACCAGAGGUUGGGAGGCUAGCGAGAAGCGCGGCGGCCUGCGGGAUGUGGUUUAGGCCACGUGGAGGAGGAGAGCGCAGCGCCGCCCAAGAAGCGGCGCAAGCGCGCAGGCUGAGGAGCCGGCUGGUGUCUAGGUAGCGGUCCGCGGUGGGGCUGGCAGGGCAUGCGUAGCGGCAUGACCAGUAGUGCGGCUGUUGACAACUGUGCGUCUGGCUGCGGUUGGCUCUGCUGUCGGACUGCUAGGUAGGCACCUGGUUUGGCUAUGUGCCUGUGGAAACCGACCCCGGCUAUGUCCGGGCGAUGAGAUUGUUCGGCCUCAGACUGUGGAUGGAGGGGCUCAGCCCCUUUUCCCGUGACCGGGGAACACUUGUCCAGUUGUCCUCAUACUGACAUGUGAAUGUGUGUGGGCGAUUACCGGUACGGCAGCGGCAUGCUGUACCGGCAGGUAGCGGUGGGCCGCUAUGCAGGCUUUGGCCCUACAACAUCAAAGGUGGCUUCUGUGUAUGCAUACCAUGGGUAGCUGCUGGCUGUGUGUGGGACUUGCGGGUGGUUAGCACUUGAACUGAUGACGCUUCCGCGGGUUAUCAAGUGCUGCUGACCAACGCUGGCUGCCUGCUGCUUCGAAGAAGCAAAGAACUGGCGGCGUUACAGCACCUGCAGAGCCCCUGCAUUCAAUUUGAACUGGAAACGGGGAGGCAGCAAGGUAAUGCAGCCAGGUGAGAGGAAGUCAGGUGCGCAGAGGGACGUGUGUACAUCAUACAGGCUUGAUGUCACCCCUUUUGCUGUCCUCUGUCGCUUAUGUAUACCACAGCCUUGUGACAUAGCCUUACGGCCCCUGUGGGCGCCGAUGUAUGGCACAGGAGCGUCUGCUCGCCGGGCUGGGCAGCGCUCAGGGCCCCACCAUGGCGCCGCGGCCUGGGCUCCUGCGUGCUAUGCCCUGCCGGGUGCGACUGCAGUGGCGGCUGCUGGUCUCAUACUGCAAGCUAGCUGGGAGCCCAGGGGCCGACUGUGCACGCGGCGGAGGGGCCGGGCGGGUCCCGGUGGCCCCGAGGUGGCAAGGCGAGGGUCGCCGGCGACGGCACGGCGUGGCACACCUGCGCCAUGCGGCUGCUUUCCUGUGCGAGUAUUUCAUAUUACAUGUAUAAUACGUAUCUAUGUUGCGUGUGGGUCAAAUGGCCUCGGGGCUGGUGCAAAGAAUUGUUGUCGCCUUUCCAGCGCGACCGACCCUGGUGUGAGCCACGGAAGGUCAGGCUAAAAGUCGCCACUUUCGUGGCGUCGGUUCCUCCAUAUCCCCAUCAGCAUAUACGCUCAUGUAAAAGACCGCAAAU